UAUUUUUCGUAGAUAAGAUGGCUUGCAACCUGCGCUCUAAAAGAUACUGAUUAUUUAUAUACAAGUAUCAGUGAAGUCACCAUUGUGUGUAUGUGUACGAACCGAGGAAGUAACAACUAGUUACUACGUAAGCAUUGUUAAGAUGGCGGGCAAAAUUGAAAACUUUCCUUUUGAAAUCCGAGAUUUCGAUUCAAAAGAAUCGGAAGAAAUGGCAAAAUCAUUUAAUGGGUUUAUGAGUAAAUUCAUUCGUAUUGGCCCCAAGGGCUAUAGCGCGCCAAAGGAGUAUGAGAAAUAUGCAGCCAGUAUCUACAACAUGCCUUUGCGGCCCAGGGACACUGUCGUGGCGACAUAUCAGCGAUCAGGUACUACAAUGACGCAAGAAUUAGUGUGGCUGAUAGCUAAAGAUUUUGACUUCGAAACGGCCAAGUCAACCCUGCUUACACAGAGAUAUCAGUUUGUGGAAAUGCCAAUGUUCAUAGACGAUGAAGCAAAAAAAGUAGUCGAAAAACAAUUUACUGGUGAAAAAGCUGAGGAAAUGUUUAAAAUUUUUGAGAUGUUACCUGUUGAAAUUCUAGCCAAAACACCCGACCCCCGCUUCAUCAAAACACAUGUGCCUUUAUCAUUAUUGCCUCCCAAUCUCCUGGAUACUACGAAAGUGGUGUACGUGGCUCGGGACCCAAGAGACGUCGCUGUGUCUUCAUACCAUCACGCGAAAUUAUUUGUGCCAAUAGGAUUAUAUUCAGAUUUUAAGCAAUUCUGGAACAUGUUCAUUAAUGGUUUAUUUACUUUCACUCCCUAUUUUGAACAUAUUAAAGAAGCUUGGGAAAAGAGACACCAUCCGAAUUUGCUGUUCCUGUUUUAUGAAGAUCUUAAAAAGGAUCUUCCCUCAAAUAUACGUCGCAUAGCAAAAUUCCUCGGCAAAGAGCCAUCAGAGGAACAAAUUCUGGGUCUUUGUGAUCAUAUGAAGAUAGACAAUUUCAAAAACAAUAAGGCAGUUAACUUCGAAGAUAUGCGAGUCUGCGGGCUUCUUGCAGAAGGGGAGCGGUUCAUUAGACAAGGUAAAUCGGGCGGUUGGCGUGAUUAUUUCGACGAGGAAAUGACCAAACAAGCAGAGAGUUGGAUAAUCGAGAACCUGCGAGACACCGACCUGCGGUUCCCCAGCAUGCAGGACAUACAGAUCUAAUACAUUAUCUUACCCGAACUGCUGUAUAAUAUAAACGAAUAAAAUUAAAGUACAAUGUGAUUCUAAGAUAAAGUUUUCUU